AUGGGCGCUGUGGCGGGGGACGAGUUGUUGGGGCAAUAUGACCGCUAUGCAGUUUUUGAUGUUGCCUCCCACGUCCAGGUCAGGCAUUUGCCCAGGGGAUGGAGCAUCAAUCACCUUGUGGCGGAGCUCACAAGCCUGUUUCCGAGGCUUCGCUCCGUACAUUUCCUGCGCUGCAAACUCCCGCACCUACCUAGCGUUCAAGUAUCGGUUGUUAUGCGGGAUAUGCCGGCAGAAAGUUUCGCUUUGCCUGUCGACUUUAGGGUCAUGGAGGGCAAGAUCUGCACAAUCCGCGCCAGGCCUCAGCUAGACGAGGAUGCACUUCGCCGCCUUUGCCUGCAAACAUGCCCGUCACAUCGCUUGCCCAAAAGGCCCUUCACAUUAGUGGAUCCUUCAGAUCUACCCCUGCGCGCCGCAGAUGCUCUUGCGGACCAGCCUGACUUCGGCCGAGGUGUGGAACGCAUAGGUGCCAUGCAGCCAGAUGAGGGCCUCCUCCACGAUGACGGGGCAGCACCUUCGACAGGGCUAAAUCUCCCUUAUGAGGAUGAUGAAGACAUGGAUGAUGCUGCAUUCCUACAGGUGGCAGGUCCUUCAGAGGUCAUACCGGGCGAACUUCGGGCAUCUCCGUCGCAGCUUGAGCGGUCCAGUAGGACCAGCGCAGCAUUGUCCCAUGAAGCCCCUGUAUGCCCGGACCUUGCCCCGCCAUGGAUAUUGCCCGGUGCGCCCCAUUCGCCUCCGGCGCUUCUGGGGAGGGAAGGGCCAGCCAGGCCGACUGAUUUGAGCAAGUUGGGCCUCAGUCGCGUAGAGGUUCUCCCCGAAGACCUAGCACGCUACCCAGUUUGUGAGAUCCCGGUUGACCAGCUAGGGCUUUAUGCGCUCGAGCCGGGCCACGCUAGGCGUGUGCUCAAAUAUUCAGUUCUUGAUAGGCAGCGACACCACUCCCAACGUACUGCAGCCUAUGGCUGGUCGCUGAGCGACCUGGUGUCAGAGGCAAUCAGGUCCUCAGAGGAAAGUGUCAGGACAGCGCAAGUGCUUACCUGUUUGAUGCCCAAUCUUGUGGCUCCACAGAUUGUUCUGACGCCAGCCGAGGCAGGCCCGCAGCAGUUGUGCGUGCCGAUUGACCUCCGACCACUUGGUGGUCGACCUUGCACCUUACUUCUCGCGGCUGGCACUGCAGCCUCGGAGGUCAUUGCUGAGGCAUUCCGGCGCUGCCCAGGGGGACCCCUUUUUACCCCGCAGGCAGAGGAUGGCCGAGCAUAUGUACUGAUGGAUGCGCAAGGCAACGUGUGGGAGGAGCUUCCUGGAGAUCUCUCGCAAUUGCAGUGGCUGCGAAUUGCCAGCAACCGCCCGGCGGACCUUAUGCAACAAGACAUUCAGUUCGGUCCCGGGAUCGCAGCUGUUCCCCCUCACACGACACUUUCCACCACUUGGAUGCUUGAGCAACAGCAGGUUCAGACAGUGUCGUUCAUCCUGGCGGGUCUCGGUAUUACCGUGAGACUGCACCCUCAGCACAUCAGCCAGGCCAGAGUUGCAGACUCAGCUGGGGAUCUUGUUAUGGCCAUCGCCAGACAGCGCAGCCUUCCGCAGCGAGCACGCAUCAUUCUGGCCGCAGCCCAGCCGAUGCCGCUUCAGAUCCAGCACGUCGCGCUUAUCUUCAUCAUCUACCCCGAGGACGGACGCCGACAUGUCAUCCUCGAUCCUUCCGGAGACGGCUCCAUGGCCAACUCCAUUUCGGUUGAUGAUACCUCUAGGCCAGAGGAAUUGAUUGGGGAUGCUCAAAGACGACAAGGUUUUGUGACAGCUGUCAAUGGUAUCACCCAAGCGGCCGUCCGCAGAGCCAUCUGCACAGGCGAUUAUGUACAGGUCGUACAGCACCCAAGGCUGCACAGGGUGUCCCCCACAGACUGGUACUACCAGCUCUUCCCUGAUCUGAGGCUCUUCGCCUUCCCUAUUGAAAUUCCGAGAUUGCAGCGAGCCACGGCGGAGCCCCUGAACACAGUCCUGCAGACUCAGGUUCGCGAUGGUUUUCUUCGCUACCCAGACCUCCUCGUUCUUCCAGGGUAUUUUCCAAGCUACGAUAUCCCUGAGCCCGACUUGGAAUUUCCCCGACACGGUGCUGAAGAAGAGCAUCGCAGAGAAACGAAAGCGCCGUCUGACCAGAAGGCAGCCAAGAGGAAGAAGUAUCCUAGUGGCAUGAGACUGAGGAUAAAAGGAAAACAGCAGGACCCACAGAAGCAAGCAGCUGAGCAGCAGGAUGAUGAUGAGCACGAUGACGAGCAGGAGGAGGAUGAUGAGCACGGUGAUGAGCAGGAUGACGGAAGCAAGGACAACACGACCAGCAGCUCCAGUUCAUCCUCAUCAAGCAGCGACAGCGAAAGCAGCAGCAGCAAAGGAAAUCAGAGCACGAAUGAGAAGCCCGAGCCAACCGUGGAAGCCCCGCAGCCGCAAGCCCAGCCAAUAAAAGCAGCCAUGCAGUCGCAAGCUUCGGAAGCCCAGCCGAAAGCGGAAGCCGCCCAGUCUGCCGUCGCCAACGACUGGUUCCUCAAUGCUUUGGGUGGGAUGCUGGGUGGCGAGGACCCCACCGGGACUACAUCCUUCAGGGCGAAUGGCUCUGAUUCUGAUCAUGAGUGGCUGGUAGAACUGUGCACGCCUGGCGAAGCUUCUUGCAGUGCUGGUUCAGCCAAUACGAACAAUAAAAAUCGUGAUCGUGAUGCUGAUGAUAUGGAAGUCGAUUCGCUGGAACGGCUGUUGCACGAGGACGAUUGUUCGGGAGACCCGUCGCAGCUUUCGUUGCGGGGUCUUAUGGAGGCGGGUGCCGAAUUUUGCACUGAAAGGACGUUUAAGCGCUUUGAAUCGGCGGCGAGCCGUUACAACGACAAUGCUGUUGCUGCUGGUGAUGGCCCAGGGCCGUUCAUGAUGGUGAAUGGUCGUCGUGAGAAGCUUGUCAGUGCAAACUAUUACAAAAUGCUGGUGCCGAUUUCUUUUCAUUGGAUGCCCCGACUUGAACCCGUCAUGCGAGCGAUACUACAGGACCCUACAAUCUUGAUCGAGUUCUCAGCAGCGAACCAGUUGGCUUCAAAAGUGCUGAGUCACGCUGUGGGUCGCAUUCGGAUUCUUGAAUCGUCGUCGCUUACAUACAAGAUUGGCCUCACGGCCGACCCUGCUUACCGGUGGCGACAGGCUGAGCAUGCAUAUUGCCGCGAGAUACCGAAGUUGUUUAAAAGCAUGAGGCUUUUGGCGAUAGUACAGCACGGUGAGGCAGCUGGAUUUCUGGAAGCUGCUUUGAUAAGCAGUUACGAACAUUCCGAGCACUGUAGGCCGUGCACGAGCCGCCCGGUGAACUUCAAAGUUUGGCCCCCUGGAUCCCACACGCCAAGCCUUAAAGCUUCCCUUCGCUAUGCAUCGCCGACGCCAGGGCCGCCCAGGAGAUCGGCUUUGCGAUUUCCUGGCUUGGGCGAGAAGCAGAACGACGAGGAGAACGACGAGGAGAACGACGAGGAGAACGACGAGAAGAACGACGAGAAGAACGAGCCGAAGAACGAGGCGAACGAGAAGGACGAGCGGCCAAAGCCAAGCCAAAGGAAGCCGAAGCCGACGAAAAAGGGCGACAAGACGAAGCAGCCGAAGCCAAACAAGGACAAGAAGCCGAAGCCGACGGACGAGGUGACCUGGUCCAACCUGCACGAGAAGGCCGUGUGCAAGGAUGAGAUGUCCUCCAGUCCGUACGUGGAGGGCGACGAAGUCGUGGUCCGUUUUGAGAGCGGACGACUUUGGCGAGUUCCCCACCUGGUGCCCGACGACAUCAAGAACAAAGGCGAGCAGGCGGCACUGCCGCGACUGGGCGAUGUGAAGCAGGUGCCAACAAAAAAGGCCAAGGCGAAGGCGAAGGAGGCGGGCAAGCCGAGACCCGUGCAGGACUUCCUCCUGGAGUCUGUGCGGGUGAAGUAUGCCAGCCAGGGGGCGAAGCACCCGAUCCUCAAGCUGGAGUGCAAAGAGGACCGCUUCGGUCCUUCGGCGGGCCCAUGGAGGCAGAAAAUGCAGUACGUCUUGAAAGCGGACGCAGCACUGGGAACGGUUGAGGCUUCCCAUGUGUUGCAGACAAUGGCCAUGUGCUACGAGAACAUGAACCUGAACAGUGCCGAGAUCGACUUCAAGCAAUGCCGAGACAGCCUGCUGAAGCACGCCGAGGAAGUGAAACACGACUGGGCGAAGAAGCCCAUGUCUUGGGAGUAUGUCAACGAGCAGAAGCUAGAGGGUUUUCCGCUGGCGAGGCUUGGUUGUGUUUGUUGUUUUUUUGGUUGGGUGCCGGUUUGCGGUUUGUAA